AUGUCCGGCUCCAGCUCCCAGGCCAAUGGCGUCGCCCCGUCUAUUGGCGUCAAGAACCUCCACUACAAAUUCCCCGACGGCAGCAGCGGCCUGCGGGAUGUCAUUCUCGAUCUCCCGCCGGGAAGCCGCACGCUGUUGAUCGGAGCCAACGGAGCCGGCAAAACGACGCUCCUCCGCCUCCUCUCGGGAAAGCGCAUGGCGCCGGCGGGCACCGUGUCCAUCGCCGGCGUGGACCCCUUCUCCCACGGGCUCGAAGGCGUGACGUACCUGGGGCUGGAGUGGGUGCUGAACCCCAUCGUGCGGACGGAUAUCGACGUGCCGACGCUGCUCUCGUCGGUCGGCGGCGACUACUACCACGAGCGUCGCGACGAGCUCGUCGGCAUCCUCGACAUCGACCUGCGCUGGCGCAUGCACGCCGUCAGCGACGGCGAGCGCCGCCGCGUGCAGCUCGCCAUGGGCCUGCUGCGUCCCUGGAGCAUCCUGCUGCUCGACGAGAUCACCGUCGACCUCGACUUGCUGUCGCGGAGCAACUUUUUGCGCUUCCUCAAGCGCGAGACGGAGACUAGGCCGUGCACCAUUGUCUACGCGACGCAUAUCCUGGAUAACCUGGCGGACUGGCCGUCGCAUCUCGUGCACAUGAGCUUGGGGAAGGUCAAGAAGUGGGGUGGGAUUGAGGAUUUCUACGCUACGCGCGCGGAUGUGCCGCAUUCGGGCAAUAGUCAGCUAGGCGAGCUCGUGCUCAAGUGGCUGCAGGAGGAUCUCGACGAGAGGGGCCCGCGCAACGGCCAGGCUUCUGAGGGGAAGACGUAUCCGCUUCUUGAGGGCAAGGGCGGCUACGGCUUGGAGAAGAAGGCUUGA